CGGCGUUUGUGUGGGGUGGGGGGAGUGAGAAGGAGAUGGUGGGCAAGUACCCUCACUCCCAUUCUCUUCCUCUCCUGCCAUCCUGCGCCAGCCAGCAGGUUCACCUCCAGCAUCGGCACUCCACUCCACUGCACCCCACUCGCUUUUACUGGCCUCACUAAUUGGGUUUUACUUAGCAAGGUUUCCAAUUCGAAGUCGAUAGACAGCCACGCUGUGCCUUCGUAUUCCUUUUUGAGUCCACUCCGCCUGCUCCCCUUUCCCGGGUCAUCUCCCACUUCGCCACCACCGCAUAUAUAGCCAGCCUUCCGUCAGCCCACUCUUCUCCGCUUCCCCAUCCCAUUGCAUCCAUUGCACAUCUUUCUUCGCGUGCCGAUCGAUUCAUUAGCAUCACCUUCUACGACAAUGUCAGCCCCUCAGGUCAACCUCACUUUCCCCAACGGCGGCAAGAGCUCCUUCUCAGGCGGCCUUUUCAUCAACAACGAGUUCGUUCCCGCGCAGUCCGGCAAGACGCUCGCCGUCAUCAACCCUGCUACUGGCAAGGAGAUCGCGCAGGUCGCCGAAGCCGACGCAAAGGAUAUUGAUAUCGCAGUCAAGGCGGCACGGGAGGCGUACAACAAUGUUUGGGGCGAGAAGGUCCCAGGCCACAAGCGUGGUCGUCUCCUUCUUAAGCUCGCCGACUUGGUCGAGCAGCACAUCGACGAGCUCGCCGCUAUCGAAUCGCUGGACAAUGGAAAGCCUGUUUCGAUUGCAAAGGGGUUUGACUUCACUGAGGUGAUUGCCAACCUGCGAUACUACGCUGGCUGGGCAGACAAGAAUCACGGCAAGGUCAUCGAGGUCGACAGCAGCAAGCUCACAUAUACUCGCCACGAGCCUGUCGGCGUCUGCGGUCAAAUCAUUCCCUGGAACUUCCCGGCACUCAUGUUCGCCUGGAAGAUUGCACCCGCCCUCGCAACUGGAAACACUAUUGUACUAAAAGUCGCCGAGCAAACUCCGCUUUCGGGCCUCCGCAUGUGUCAGCUGAUCAAGGAGGCUGGCUUCCCAACCGGUGUCGUCAACGUCGUUGCAGGUUUCGGCCCGACUGCCGGCGCCGCAAUCGCUGCGCACAUGGACAUUGACAAGGUGGCCUUUACUGGCUCUACGCUUGUCGGCCGCAACAUUAUGAAGGCUGCAGCCAGCACGAACCUCAAGAAGGUCACACUCGAACUCGGUGGCAAAUCUCCGAACAUCAUACUCAAAGACGCAGACCUCGAACAGGCAGUCUCAUGGGCCGCCUUCGGCUUCUCAUUCAACACUGGCCAAUGCUGCUGCGCCGGCACCCGCGUGUACGUCGAGGAGGCAAUCUACGAAAAGUUCAUGGAGAAGCUGCUCGUAAAGGUCAAGUCGAUCAAGACCGGCGAUGGCUUCCAGGGAGACACUUUCCAAGGUCCGCAAGUCUCGCAGCUGCAAUUCGACCGUGUCAUGGGUUACAUCCAACAAGGCAAGGCCGACGGCGCCAAGGUUCUCACUGGCGGCGAGCGCCACGGCACGGAGGGCUACUUUGUGCAACCGACCGUCUUUACCGACGUCAACCCGGACAGCAAGAUUUCACGCGAGGAGAUCUUCGGACCGGUCGUCGUCGUCCACAAGUUCAAAGAUCAGCAGGACCUAAUCCGCAUCGCGAACGACUCGAUCUAUGGCCUGGCCGCGGCAGUCUUCUCGCGCGACGUUUCGCGCGCGCUCGAGACGGCGCACGCGCUCAAGGCCGGCACCGUCUGGGUCAACUGUUACAACCAGAUCAACCCGCAGGUACCGUUUGGCGGCUACAAGGCAAGCGGCAUCGGCCGCGAGCUUGGCGAGUACGCAUUGAGCAACUACACCAACGUUAAGGCCGUCCAUGUCAAUUUGAACAUCCCCGCGCCUUUGUAAGAAAAGGGUACAAGCAGGAUUGGUCAAAGCAUGCUUUCGCUUUUGGAAGUUUGCGAGAUAUGCGUGAGCUUGGUGGCUUUCCUCAUGUAUCCCUGUCUCACAGUGCACAUAUCCCCGGCUCCGCCUUCACCAUGAACUUGUUAGUGACGAUAUGCGAAUGGAAUCUAACUCGGAACAAAACCCAAUCUUCGCGAGUGAAAUGACUGCCAUUUCCGUAAAGCACGAACGUAGUUCUGCUGGUCAUCGCGUGUAAAGAGCGGCUGAGGUCGUGCUCAAUCAUAUGCUUUGCCGUUAACUGCAACAACUGCCCAGAGCGGAGCCAAACGAGAGUCGGGACGACACAGGCAGCCAGCUCAGCUUAACCUGGCCGAGAAGCAUGGCGAUCACGAAGGGUUGGUAUAUCGGGCCG